GCUCAAUGUUCACGUGCAUGGCUUAAUGGUUCAGCAGCCGAAAAGCUGCCAUUAUUUCCAAGAGAAAAUAUUUAGAUAUUUGUAGAUAAAUUACCAGUACCCGGGCCCCAUGCAACGAGACUGCCUUAUAUCACGUGUCGCAUCCUCAAACAUAGGCCCAGCAGAUUCCGACUCCUCACCAAAAAAGCCAAAACAAAAUACAAACCGAGAUACCAAAACACCGAAAUAUCAAAACAAUAAAACAAAUUACCAAGUUACCAAAACAAAAAACAAAAAUAUCAAAAUACCAAAAUACCGGAACACCAAGACACCAGAACACCAAGAUACCAGAACACCAAAAUACCGAAACACCAAAACACCGAAAUAUUAACACAAUAAAUAAAAUACCAACUUAACAAAACAAAAUACCAAAAUAUUAAAAUAC